AUGUCGCAAGGCGACAUCCAAGCCGGCCACAAGAACUUCCCGUCCAUCGAGCUCGAGUUCUCUCCUGCCGCCGGCGGUCCUGAAACAAACCUCAGCCAGCCGAAUCCCAAGCUGGAAGGCUCCAAUGAGACACUGGACAGCAUCACCGCCGCCGUCCACAACAUGUCGGAUACCGCGCACUUCGGCGACUUCCAGUUCUCCUACCAGAGCCCGAUGGAGGAGUCGCCCAUGAACGGCCUCGCCCAUGGGUUCGACCACCAUGGGGCAGAUACCUUUACAACGCCCCAGGCGACAUCGAUAUCGCCAAUGCAGGACCGACAAGACUCGGUAGCUUCUAUCACCGUCCAGACUUCCGCCUAUGGGGACCCCAGCGGGCGACGGCUCAGCCCGGAUGGGUCCGACAACGGUACGCCAGACAGCAAUGUGAACGGGGCUCACCUCCUGGAAGAGCCCAUGUCGGACGAGUUCGGUCUCUCCACGGGCGGUCUGGCGGACGGGACGGACCUGGGCGGGAAGAAGGGGGACAAAUCGGAUGCUGUACCGGCAUGGAGCGAAUUAAAAACAAAGGCGGGAAAGGAGCGGAAACGGUUGCCGCUGGCCUGCAUCGCGUGCCGCCGCAAGAAGAUCCGCUGCUCGGGUGAGAAGCCUGCUUGCAAGCACUGCCUGCGUUCGCGCAUUCCGUGCGUGUACAAGGUCACGGCUCGCAAGGCUGCACCGAGGACCGACUACAUGGCCAUGUUGGACAAGCGGUUAAAGCGGAUGGAGGAACGCAUCAUCAAGGUCGUGCCUAAGGCGGAGCAGGAUGCCCUGUCAUCGUCAGUGAUCCGAGCCGUAGUGAAGCCUGCGAUCCCGGGCACAAUACCUGGCAGCGGAAAAGGCGCUGCGAAGAAACGCGGCGCUGACGAAGCCUUUGGCCCGGACCUGGACCACUGGGCUCGUGCGCCUUCGAGAUCCAACAUCGACGGACCGAACAAGCCCUCGACGAUCCUUGUGCAGGAGGCAGAAGAGAGCAAACUCUUGCUCGAGGGGGGCGAUGCUCUCCCAUCCAAAGAACUACAAGAACAUCUCGCUGAGGUGUUUUUCGAAAACAUCUAUGGCCAGGCCUACCAUCUCCUCCACAAGCCCAGCUUUAUGAGGAAGCUCAAAGCUGGCACACUUCCCCCGGUCUUGGUACUAUCCGUGUGCGCGAUUGCCGCACGCUUCUCAAACCACCCGAAGCUGAACACAAACCCGAAUUUCCUUCGCGGGGAAGAGUGGGCAUCCACUGCCCGAGAUAUUCUGACGAAACGAUACGAAUGGCCCAACAUCACCAUAUUGACCUGCCUAUUGAUUCUAGGCCUACAUGAAUUCGGGACGUGUCACGGUGGGCGAAGUUGGGCAUUGGGAGGACAGGCUAUCCGCAUGGCUUUUGCUCUCCAGCUUCACAAAGACCUAGAGCACGACCCCUUACGCAUCCCGGGAAAGACGCAGCUAAGCUUCAUCGACCGCGAGAUUCGGAGGCGAACAAUGUGGGCUUGCUUCUUGAUGGACCGUUUCAACUCGUCGGGGACGGACCGGCCGACCUUCAUCCGGGAGGAGACGUUGAAGAUUCCGCUGCCUAUCAAGGAGAAGAAUUUCCAAUACGACCUCCCGGGACCCACCGAAACACUGAGCGGACAGGUUCUGGAGCCCCUUUCCGAGGACCAUCCCAACGAGGCAAGAGACAAUAUGGGGGUUGCGGCCUGGAUGAUAAAGGCUAUCGCGUUAUGGGGACGCAUUAUCGGGUACUUAAACCAGGGGGGGAAGGAGUUGGAUCCCCAUCCGAUGUGGAGCCCCGAAUCAGAGUACGCCAAGCUCCUCAAGCAGACCGAAGACUUUCUGGCCGAGCUGCCCGAAUCUCUAGCAUACACGCCGGAGAAUCUGAAGGGGCACGAGACGGACAGCAUGGCAAACCAGUUUCUAUUUCUUCACAUAUCGAUCCAGCAGAACAUCCUCUUCAUGAACAGGUUCGCCGUAUCAUCGCCAAAUGGGCCUUCGCUUCAAGACAUACCCAAAGCGUUUGUCACGAAGGCCGGGGCGAAGGCGUUCGCCGCCGCGAACCGGAUAUCCGAGCUCAUUAGAGACGGCGAGUCGCACUUCAUCACCGCUCCAUUCACCGGGUACUGCGCAUUUUUAUCUAGUACCGUCCAUAUCUUUGGCAUAUUCUCGGGGAACCCCACGAUGGAAGCCACCUCGAAGCGAAAUCUGGCCACCAAUGUCCGGUUUUUGUCCAAGAUGAAGCGAUACUGGGGCAUGUUUCACUGGAUGUCGGAGAAUCUCCGCGAGCAAUACCGCACUUGUGCCGACGCCGCGAGACAAGGCAAUAAUCCUGUUAACGAAAGCGCCGCUUCGCCCAUAUUCCAAUACGGUGACUGGUUCGACCGCUACCCCCACGGUGUGUCGCAAUCCGACUUCCUCGACCCCGCCACAUACAAGAAGACAGAAAAGGGAGAAGAUGCCGUCCUCGAACAGAAACCCGAACUUCACACGGUCGAAGAAUUCUUCACCACGCUCUCUCCGCAAAGCGCCGAGAACGCG